ACUCGCCCGACUUCACCUCGUUCCUGCCGUUUUCUUCACCUCAAAUAGUCACCCACUGCCCUUUGUAUAUAUAACCAAUGCUGCAUCUGAAACUUCACUGGUAAAAACUACCAAAUUUUCUCAAUCGAAAUUGCUUUUUUUGCGAAGAAAAAAUCUCUGCGAAUAGUUUGUCUUUUGAUUUCAAGCUAGAAAGUUAGAGAUGUGCGGUGGUGCUAUAAUCUCCGAUAUCAAACCGCCGGCCCGGACGUCGCGCCGGCUGACCUCUGAGUUGCUAUGGGGAAUCGCUGAUCGGAGCAGCGCAGGUGGGAAGAAGAAGAAGAAUUUUGCAGGAAGCUACUAUUCCGGAGGCCUGCGAUCCUCGGCUUUUGACCUCGAUAAUGAAUUCGAGGCUGAUUUUCAGGACUUCAAUGACUAUGAUGAUGAUGAGGUCGUAGAGGUGGAUGUCAAACCCUUCGCUUUCGGACUCUCUUCCGGUUUCAGCUCGGAUUCUAAGGACUUUGACCAAACUAUGAAGAGAAAGAGGAAAAAUCAGUACAGGGGGAUCAGGCAGCGUCCUUGGGGCAAAUGGGCGGCUGAAAUCCGUGAUCCGAGUAAAGGUGUUCGAGUCUGGCUAGGAACUUUCGACACUGCUGAAGAAGCGGCGAGAGCCUAUGAUACUGAGGCUCGGAGGAUCAGAGGCAACAAAGCUAAGUUGAAUUUCCCUGCUGAUGCUGAAACUCAAACAAAAUCGUCAAGGCGCGCUGUCAAGGUGAAUCCACGGAAGGCGGUUUCUAAGACUGUCCAAAAACCGCCUGUGAAUUCCUUGGACUGUACUGAUUAUGGGUGGGGAGAGCAGACUCCAGAGAUAUCCUCUGCUCUGUCGGCUGCUGUUGAAGCUGCUGAUGAGAUUCAGUUCAUUCAGGAAACCAACCCACAAAAGAAACUGAAGUCUACGGAAAACACGGUUGAGAAGCUGUCUGAAGAGCUCUCGGCUUUUGAAGAUGAGAUGAAGUUCCUUCAGAUCCCAUAUCUGGAGGGAAACUGGGACUCAUCAGUUGACACUUACCUUAAUGCUGAUGGUGGAAACGCCAUAGAUCUCUGGUCAUUUGAUGAUGUUCCUUCUUUAAUGGGGGAUGUCUACUAGAUCUACUAGAUAAACUGAUGCAAAUGCAGAGCAUCCAUCCCCUUUCUGGUUUGUGUUGUAUAUAAUCAUCAUCAUCAUGUCAUAAUGUGAGUAAAGACUUAUUGAUGAUAUUGUCCUGUAUUUUUAUUAACUGCAUAUGGAGGAUAAAAUAGGAUUAUUGUUUAAUUCCCUCUUUUUCCUCCUUGUUCUUAUAGGAGGUUUGUUUGUGGUUGUAGCCUGCUGGUGCUAGGAUGAUGGUGUCUGCAUUUAAAGAAACCUUAAUAAACACUGUUGAGUCGUCGUCCAUUUAAAUGUUUCUGUGGAGGAUGAUCGCCAACGAAUUGCUUCUUAUUAUGUGAUGUGUAUUAUGAAAGUUGCUUGAAU